UUUUCGAAUUUCACCAUUCUUAUUAUUCACGAACGUUGCAUCAUAAAUGCACCACAAAAUUGGAGGAAGAUAACGGGCGUUUCAGUUCAUGGGCUGCGCCGCCUCGAAACUCGACCGGCUCCCGGCGGUCUCUUUGUGCCGCGACCGUUGCCACUUCCUCGACGGCGCUCUCCAGCAAAGCUACGCCCUUGCCGAUGCACAAGUGGCCUACAUGCGGUCGCUCAAGAGUUUGGGUCCCACCCUCCGGCAUUUCUUUGAUCAGAGUCUCAAAUCUACGUCCAGCGAUGACUCCGUCGUGAACCCGCCGAAGCAAGCUACUCCGCCCUCCUCGCCGGACCAUUCUCUCUCGAGUUCGAACUCGGAUUCGCAUAUUCAGUUCGAUACUGAUUUGGAAGAGGAAGAGAUGGAUAAAGAUUUCGGUAGCUCUUUCAACCAAAUAAACACUAGUUAUCAUAAUUAUCACGGCAAUACGCACCAAAACAGUGAAUUCAUCAACUCGGGCUGGAAAACACCGCCGCCUCCAGCUCCGAGGAGCGCCGCUUGGGAUUAUUUGAAUUUUUUUGACGAGCUUUAUGAUAGAUACGAGUUGCCAUAUUCUUUGAGCAAAGCAGUGAAGAACAAAGAAGGAUCUCAUUAUCCUGAAGCACACCCAGUAAAGCAAAUUCAUGGAGAUGAAAAAUCCACAACAAAUAAUAUAAAAACAAAAAGAGAAGAAAAUCAGAGCGGAGAAGCUGUUCCAUUAAAGAGCAGUGAGGCGCCUGAAAGCAAGAAGAAAGUAGAUUCACCCACUGAUUUAAAUGAACCCAGAAAUCAAAGUGAUGAACUUAGUGUUUCUAAGGUAAUGGAAGAACUACAGGCUCUGUUUGAGAGAGCUUCAGAAUCUGGAAAUGAAGUUUUGAAAAUGCUCGACACUGGAAAAUUUCGUUAUCAUCACAAAAAAUCUGUUUAUCAAGGUUCAACGAAGAUAUUCCACAUGAUUUCUUCAAAUUCAUCGGAAACAGAGUCUUUAUUGUCGAAAGAGAAGACUGGUUCAAUGGAUGAUGACGAGAAUAUUAGUUCACAGAAUCUAUCUUCAAUUCUGAGGAAACUGCGUAUGUGGGAGACGAAACUCUAUGAUGAAGUCAAGGCUGAGGAAAAGUUGCGUAUAAUUUAUGCAAAGACGUUUAAGCAGAUGAAAAGCUUGAACCAGAAAGGUGCUAAUGCUCGAAAAGUCGACUCCACUAGAUCUUUGGUAAGGGUCAUAUCUACUAAGAUGCGAGUUGCAGUUCAAGUUAUCGACAAGGUAGCGAUUACUAUAAAUAAGCUGAUGGAUGAAGAAUUAUGGCCGGAGGUCAAUGAGCUGAUUCACAGAUUGUUUGGAAUGUGGAAGGUAAUGCUAGAAUGCCAUAGCUGUCAGUGUCAGAAGGUUAUGGAAGCCAAAUGUUUCGAUUUCAUUGCCUUGAAUGAAAAGCUUAAUGAUGUUCAUCUUGAAGUGGCAAUGAGACUAAAGCUUGAGCUUCAAAACUGGAGUCUUAGCUUCUCCAGUUGGAUUGAAGCUCAGAGGGGCUUUGUCAAAGCCUUGAAUGGUUGGCUUCGAAGAUGUAUCGUAUAUGAACCUGAGGAAACAGCAGACGGUGUAUCACCUUUAUCUCCUGGUAGAGGCGGAGCGCCCCUUGUGUUUGUGAUCCUUAACAAGUGGUCGGAAGCCAUGGACAAAGAUAAACUCUCGGAGAAUGAAGUGGUUGAAGCAGUACACGGACUUGUAAUGAGUGUAAACCGAGUGGUGGAACAGAAAAAUACGGAUAUGUUGCAAAGGAUUGUUGCUGAUAAGGAUAUGGAAAAGAAAGUAAAGAUGUUGGAAAAAGAGGGGCAACGGAUGCAGAAGUUACUGCAAGCUCGAGCAAAGAAGAUAACGCGGUUUGCUAGGGAAGAAAGAGAUGUCCUUCUACCAAGAGACACCACACGUCACAGUGAUAUUAGGGAUGCUGGUAGUUGGCCGUAUGGUCUAAAGCAGAUUUUCAGAGCAAUGGAGAAGCUCGCUACCCAUUCCAGGCAAGCUUAUGAAGAUAUACAUAAUUGCAUAGAAGACAGCAAAGCUCCUCAAGAUAACCCCUAAAGUCCUCAACCAUUCAUGGUAAAGGUACAAUAUGGCUUGUCGGCUUCUAAACUGCAUCGUUUUUCGGUUGAAACAAGUUAUUCAAUUGUGGUUUUGGCAGGGGAUAUUGGGACCUGGUUUACCCUGAUGCAUGGCUCUGAAACUACUAGGAAUGGUUCUUGCCUCUUGGCUAUUACCUUCCCUUGUUGAAAGUGAACCAACUCACUUGUGAUCAUGGUCGGUAGGCAUCUGUCUACCCCCUCAUUUGUCUUAUUGAUUAAGAUGAAGUUUGAUUGUAUUUUGUCUCUGGGAUUUUACCAAUGUGCUUUUGCAAGGUAGCCGUUUUCCGUAUGAAUUGCACUGUAUAUUAACCAGCAUAUUGUUAAUUUGUUAUUCUUUAUUAGUUUCAUCCUUCCAUUGUUUAAGCAUGCUGGUUCCGCAAUUUGAUGAGUAGAGUUUAGACUGUUUCAGGGAGAUUAUUAGUUUGUACUGUUCAUCGAAUGAAAU